CCCCGCGGGCUCCGAUGGAAAGAGUUGGAGCCGUGCUGGGAGCAGCCGCCUGCGCGACGCGGCGCAGGGACGGGGCGCGCUCGGCUCCCAACUCCGGCCGCGCCGCGCCGCCGCCGCCCGCCGCCGCUCGCAUGGCCCGUGGCGGCGCCGCCUGAGCGCCGGCCGGGGCCGCCGGCCGCUCCGCUGCGCUGCGCUCCGCUCCUGCCGCCGCGCCAUGCGCCCCUGAGCCCCGCACCGCGCCGCGAGCCCGGCGGCGACUCCCGUUACUAAGGAUUUUCCCUGGAGCAGGACUUUGAAUAUGACACUUCAGUAAUGCAGAGGCUGCAAACGCAGAAGGGGAAGAACAUUUAACAGCCUCGAACCACCCGCUCUGUGUGCCGUAUGUAUGUGCCACUGAGCCGAGCCUGCGUUGCCGGUAUCCUCCCUGGGCCUACCUUGGAAGCUAGAUCUGCAGCUGCCCUUCAGUCAUGGUUGUUUCAAGAUUAAAGGCCAUUUCCCUGUCAUUGCCAAGCCUUUUUCUUCUUGCUUUUCAUCUCUCAGCAUCACAGAAUGUACCUGCAUACUCUGAAGCUGAGCAUCAGCAAUGUGUCAGGAAAGAACACCCCACAAUUGCUUUUGAAGAUCUGAAGCCCUGGGUGUCGAAUUUCACCUAUCCAGGUGUGCAUGACUUUUCUCAGCUUGCACUGGAUGCCAACAGGAACCAGCUCAUUGUGGGAGCAAGGAACUACCUCUUCAGACUUAGUCUGCACAACGUUUCUCUUAUUCAGGCAACAGCAUGGGGUUCAGAUGAAGACACCAGGCGGUCCUGUCAGAGUAAAGGAAAAACUGAGGAAGAGUGCCAGAACUAUGUCCGGGUGCUGAUCGUUUAUGGCAAGAAGGUGUUUACCUGCGGCACCAAUGCCUUUUCGCCUGUGUGCUCCAGUCGACAGGUAGGAAAUCUUAGCAAAAUCAUUGACAGAAUUAAUGGAGUGGCUCGGUGCCCGUACGACCCCCGUCAUAACUCGACAGCUGUGAUUACAUCACGAGGAGAGCUCUAUGCUGCAACUGUAAUUGAUUUCUCUGGACGGGAUCCUGCUAUUUACCGCAGCCUUGGAAAUGUUCCCCCACUUAGGACAGCACAAUACAACUCCAAGUGGCUCAAUGAGCCUAAUUUCAUUGCUGCCUAUGACAUCGGUUUGUUCACCUACUUCUUUUUCCGUGAGAAUGCGGUAGAACACGACUGUGGGAAAACAGUGUAUUCCCGUGUGGCAAGGGUUUGCAAAAACGACAUUGGGGGGAGAUUUUUGCUGGAGGACACGUGGACAACUUUUAUGAAGGCCAGACUGAACUGCUCCCGAGCUGGAGAAAUCCCUUUCUAUUAUAACGAAUUGCAAAGCACCUUCUACCUUCCUGAGCAAGACCUGAUCUAUGGUGUCUUCACUACUAAUGUAAACAGCAUAGCUGCCUCAGCAGUGUGUGCCUUCAAUCUGAGUGCCAUUACUCAGGCGUUUAAUGGCCCUUUCCGUUACCAAGAGAACCCAAGAUCAGCCUGGCUGCCAACGCUAAACCCCAUCCCUAAUUUCCAGUGUGGGACGCUGAAUGAUGACGGCCCCAAUGAGAACCUGACGGAGAGGAUCCUUCAGGAUGCGCAGCGCUUGUUCCUGAUGAACGACGUGGUGCAGCCAGUCACUGUAGAUCCGUAUGUGACUCAGGACAGCAUUCGAUUUUCCAAACUGGUGGUUGAUAUUGUUCAGGGGAAGGAUACUCUCUACCACGUUAUGUAUAUUGGGACAGAGUAUGGGACCAUCUUGAAGGCACUUUCUACCACUAAUAGGAGCCUGAGGAGUUGUUAUUUAGAGGAAAUGCAGAUUCUCCCUGAUGGACAACAGGAACCAAUCAAGAGCCUCCAAAUCCUGCACAGUGACAGGUCGCUCUUUGUGGGUUUAAAUAAUGGAGUGCUAAAAAUUCCUCUGGAGAGAUGCUCCAUGUACAGAACAGAAGGGGAAUGUCUAGGAGCCAGAGAUCCCUACUGCGGCUGGGAUAGCAAGCAGAAGCAUUGCACCACCAUUGAGGACAGCUCCAACAUGAGCCUGUGGACUCAAAAUAUUACCGAGUGCCCAGUGAAAAACCUGACAACAAAUGGAAGAUUGGGGCCUUGGUCCCCAUGGCAACUGUGUGAGCAUUCAGAUGGGGACAGCACAGGCUCCUGUAUGUGUAGGUCACGUUCAUGUGACAGCCCUCGUCCUCGCUGUGGAGGUCGCGCCUGUGAAGGGGCCAGGAUUGAGGUCGCAAAUUGUUCAAGAAAUGGCGCUUGGACACCCUGGUCUUCCUGGGCCCCAUGUAGCACUUCCUGUGGGAUCGGCUUUCAGGUCCGCCAGCGAUCCUGCAGCAACCCCGCUCCCCGGUAUGGGGGCAGGGUCUGCGUUGGACAGAGCAGGGAAGAGAGAUUCUGUAAUGAGAAUAGUCCAUGCCCAUUACCAAUUUUUUGGUCUUCAUGGGGUCCUUGGAAUAAAUGUAGUGUGAAUUGUGGUGGAGGCAUACAUUCAAGACAGAGGUCCUGUGAAAAUGGAAAUACAUGUCCAGGCUGUGCUGUGGAAUAUAAGACCUGCAACCCCGAGAGUUGCCCGGAGGUGCGCAGGAACACACCCUGGACCCCUUGGAUGCCCGUCAACAUCACCCAGAACGGUGCCCGCCAGGAGCAGCGCUUCCGCUACACGUGUCGUGCCCAGCUGUCUGAUCCUCACGAGCUGCAGUUUGGGAGGAAGAAGACCGAGAGUCGAUUCUGCCCCAAUGAUGGCUCGGCAGUGUGUGAUACUGACUCUCUUGUUGAUGACCUCCUCAAGACUGGUAAGACCUCUGCACGGAUUAUCAAUGGGGGCUGGUCCUUUUGGGGGGCCUGGUCCUCCUGUUCCAGGGACUGUGAGUUGGGCUUUAGGAUCAGGAAGAGAACUUGCACAAACCCUGAACCUAAAAAUGGUGGCUUGCCCUGCGUGGGGUCAGCGAUGGAGUACCAAGACUGCAACCCACAUCCCUGCCCAGUGAAAGGCUCAUGGUCUUGCUGGACUCCUUGGUCUCAGUGCUCAGCAACCUGUGGAGGAGGACACUACCAGCGCACACGGACUUGCACCAAUCCAGCCCCGUCUAGCGGAGAGGAUAUCUGCAUUGGUCUGCACACUGAGGAGGCCCUCUGCAACACACACCCGUGUGAAGGUGGCUGGUCAGAGUGGUCAGAGUGGAGCUUGUGUAAUGAAGAGGGGAUCCAGUAUCGCAGUCGUUAUUGCGAGGUACACAGUCCAGACUCUUCUCAGUGUGUCGGAAACAGCACACAGUACCAAGAUUGCCUGUACAAUGAAAUUCCCGUGAUCCUGCCAGCCUCCAGCAUUGAUGAGAGCACAAACUGUGGAGGUUUUAGUCUCAUCCAUCUGAUUGCCACCGGGGUCUCCUGUUUCUUUGGCUCUAGCCUCCUAACGUUUGUGAUUUACGUGUACUGCCAGCGCUGCCAGAGGCAGUCCCAGGAGUCAACUGUUAUCCACCCAACCACUCCCAACCACCUCCAUUACAAAGGCAACACCACCCCCAAGAACGAGAAGUACACCCCCAUGGAGUUCAAGACACUUAACAAGAACAACUUGAUACCAGAUGACAGGACCAACUUCUACCCAUUGCAGCAAACCAACGUGUACACGACAACCUAUUAUCCCAGUACACUGAAUAAAUAUGACUACAGGCCCGAGGCCUCCCCUGGAAGGACCUUUACCAACAGCUGAUGAUGGACAGACCCCACAGGACUGGAUCACUUCCUAUAUGAAAAUUUUUUUAAUUGAUUUUAUGGACCAAAUAUUGGCCCCCUCUCUAGAUGUAAAUAUUGUACAGUAGGGUCUUUUUUUUUCCUUUGGUUAAUUGUAUUACUUGUAAACAGCACAUCUCCUUACAAGGACAAAGAAAGCAUAUGGACCAUUCUGCAGAGCUUUUGUGGAUAUUUGGCUGGAGAUGGCUCUUACUACUGCAUCUGUCUAUGGCUGGAAGAUCAGCAUUUCUGUCCAAAGCCAACACUGUCAAGGAGCUGACUGUGUGCUGUGUUCACCAUGCAGCAGAACACAGCUACGUACCGGUGCACUCUAAGAAACACAAGAGGUGGCUUCUUGGAGCAAGAAGUGUCUGUCUGGUGAGGAGCAUCCUUCCUGGGCCAGGGUAGCAAUGGUGCACAGGAUGACACAUAGCUCACAAGACAGCCUGAGCAGGACUCCAUCAUGCCAACAACUUGAAGAACGUUUUUGUUUUUUCUUUUCCUUUUUUUAAUUUUUGCUUUUGUUUUUUUUACAUUUCUGAAAAAAAAAAAAGUGACUUUCUAGGGCAGUGUUCCCUGUAUCUUCAACAGAAUCUUUUCUUACUACAGGAAAUACUCUCCACAGCCUUCUUUGGUAAUAUGCAAUCCAGUGGAUGAAAAACAACACACAAACAAAGUGCAUUACCCAAAGAAGCUUUCCAGAAUGUUUCCAGUCUUAAUUAAAAGAAAAUUACACAGGCAGUGAGAAGCUGAGCUAAGUAAAUGUUGGAAUAAUAUCAGCGACAUGGACUUGGAGUGCCUAACAAAGAAAGAUGUUUAUUUCACUGGAAAAAAUACGUGAUGAUUGCCGCACAAGAGCCAUGGGCUUUUAUUUUUCUGACUUCUUUUCUUUCUUUUUUCUGAGACCGUGUUAACUCUUUUUCUUCUAGCUUUGAUCCCCACGGUGUCUGCCAGGAAAGACAACUCUAGAGGCCAUGCUCUUCUUGUGGGAAGUCACCAUGCUUUGGGCUUGUUUUUACUCUCAUUUUACUGUUGGUUUUUAAGUUCAUUUAUUUUCAAAGAGUGAAUAAUUCUGACUUUGCAGGGGAGAGUAUUUUUGUAAGGAAUGUUUCCAUAGUCUGACAUGACCCAGAAAGUCUGCUGCACAUUCUUAUAGCGUCUUCCAGUCAGUAUUCUAUGAAAUAAUAACACAGCUGAGUAAUGUGCAUUGUUUGCCAAUAUUUCUUUAAUUUUUCCGAACAAAAGCAACCCGACAAACAAAUGCUGCUGCAGCUAUUGAAGUAAAUUGGGGCAGUGGCGUUAUUAAACAGUAUAUCCAACCUUGAAAUGUAAUUUUGUGUAUGUGUGUGACUGUGUCUAUAAGAACUGUAUUAGUUUGAUGCAGAAGCCAUGUUGUCUACAACCAGAUGUUUGUCUGACAUAAUUGUUUGGCAAAAAGGAAACUUAUCGCUGGUGCUUAAUGUACAAUUACAUCCAAUGUGUUAGCAACGUGAGCAAGUUCACCACUGUUAUCAUUCAGUGUUUCUAAAUAUUUAUAAUGAACUCCUGAUGCUAAGAAUUUUAGACUGUCGCAAUACUGAGCAUGAGAUAAAAGUACACCCCGAAACGCGCAUGAGCUCCAAGUGGUCCACAACUUGGAUUUGUUGUCCGCAUCUUCCUCGAGCAAUUGCCAUGCCUAUGCUUGGUCAGUGACUUAGACGUGUUCCAAACGGUCCCGUUUUUAUAUUUGUUUUAUUUCAGAUUUUUUGCUGUAAGCCAACACUCUGCUGGUUUCUCAGUGCUGUUACUUUGCAGUCGCUUGGUUGAAGGUCGAGCUUGGGCUCUGCGCUCAGCUCUUUCCUGUAGGUAACCGGUAGGGACUGAAGAACGGCUGUGUUGCUCGUGACAAGUGUGUUGCUUUUCCCAGGAGGAAAAGCCAGCAUGGCUCACUAAGGCCGUGUUAUGGUUGCUUGACCAGAAGGCAAGAAUAAAGUAACCUCCCAUUUUUAAGUUAGUACGUUAGACUUCAGUUUGCAGUGAUUGAAGGCUGUAGGGGUAUUUGUAAUGAAGUGUGGUCAUUAGCACUGCCCCAAGGAUGCCUUGGCCUCAACGGUGCCCGUCAUUUCCAGCAGCUGCUCUUCCAAUUUAGCAGGCCGAUCCUGGCUCAGUGCUGGCUUCUCCGGGAAAAGAGGAAAGAACGGAUGCCCUAGAUAGAUGUACUCAGACGUGGAGCAGAGGGGUUAGAAGCUGAUGCAGGCCUUGAAGCUUUGUGUGACGCAACUUGCUGCAGCUCUUGCAGUAGGCGUAGCGGCACGGUGGUGCGGCGCGAGGCAAACGCACCUGCAGAGCACGAGCCCGCCGGCAGCGGCCACAAACGCCUGCAGGGAGGCUCUUCACAGGCCCCCAAAUCCCGUGUGCAGGUUGCUGCCUUUGUGCCUGAUGCCGUGAAGGGUUCACACGGGGGAACUGAGCCUCACUGAAUUUCCUCAUCCCCUGGAGCAACACUGAAAAUCCUGGCUUAAAGUAGUUCUCACAAGUAUGUAGCCCAGGGGUUGGAAAUGACUACAUUAGCGUACCUGGCAGGGAUUUCCCAGCUUUAAUUUAGGUGAGUCAGAAGAAAAUGUUGGCUUCCAAGGUCGCUCUAGCCACUGUAAAGUUAAAGAGAUCUCUGAGCUUCCUUGCAGAAGAUUCCCUGUUGUCGACCCAUUCUGCAGUUAUCACACACGUGGCAGGAUUGCAGCUGCGGUUCGGGGGGGGGGGGGGGGGGAUGCAAGCAAGUGAGGCAAACCUCGCAAUUAUUUUCAUUUUCUUUCUUUUUUCUUUUUUUUGCUCCUUAAACAUUUUUCCGUUUUCAGCCUCUCUGAAUAAUGUGAUUUAAACUGCUAUUUUUUUUUUCCCCCCCAAAGAAAGUCCCAUGUAGCAGCUGUAAUUAUUUAAAUGUUGGACUCGCCAAGAUGGGUCAUUACUGCCAUUGUGCUCAAAAGGUGCAUGUUUUGCAGGCUGCUGGAGGGCAGAUGCUGCGAGAGUGGUGCAUGUGGUUAUAGUUUCAUCAAGACAUUCCUUCUUACCAGCCAUCCAAAUGGAUUCAGCCCUUUUCCCUGUAAUUGGCAAUCACAGAGUCGGCAGCCUCCAUUCGAGCAGAAAGUAGAACCCAGGAGGGAGAGCGAGAGAGAAAAAGAGAGAAAUCAGGACUCUCAUUACUCAAUUAAUAUUUGCGCGAGAGUGCAGGUCUUUAAGGACAAUGUGAAUGCAAUGUGAGGAUUGUAUUUGUUUUUAUGGCCUCUCUAAUGUGUGGCAGGUUGAUGACACCAAAUGGAGUGACACGCUCGCGAUGCAGGUAAUUCAGCAGCUUGAUCAUCAGGUCUGUUAUCUGCAGUAGAUUGAAUUGCUCCUGCAGUUGGAUGUUAAACUUGCCGAAAUUUCCUAUUAUUCCUAAUAUCAUCUUAAAGUACAUUGGAAAUGUAUUUAGUUCUGGAGCGUUACUUUCCAAAAGAAUCAUCUUACUAUAUAUAUAUAUAUAUAUAUACAUGUAUAUAUGGUUUUUUUUUUUCUUUCACUUCUCCGGAAGAGAGGGAGAGCACUGGUCAUUACUGGAUUGGCCUCGGGGCCUUUGUUCUGCCCAAACCCUUUGGCUAGGAGUCAGGUGUACGUUGUGUCGAAUAUGACGGAAGUCUUAUGGCCAAAUAUUUAGUGGAAACAUCUAUAAUUAGGCCAUUUGUUUUCUUUCCCCACGCAAGUGGCCGCGUUACUCUCUCCAGAAGGGGUGCGGGUAUUGCAGAGAUAUCCCGGCGAUGGGCUGUGAUUGCCCUCGGGCCGGAUCCCACCCGCCAGGAUCAACACGUGCCAACCACCGACAGCAAACCCCCAGGGUGAGAGGGGCUGUAGCUCUAAAGCUGUGCUUGAGCGUGGGAGCUGGGGCUGCCCUUAAACGUGUGACAUGUGCAGAUGCCACAGGAGAAGCAUGUGCAUUGUGUUACCACCACUGCUCUUAAUGCCUUACUUCUAGAGACUGAGCUAGUUGUUUGAAAGCAGCAGGGAGCAGGGAUGGAGUCCGCAUCUGACGCAGACAGCUUGACACCUCUGGUGUUAAUCUGAUGUUAAGCCCACCUGAAGAGGAAAUCGCAGUCCACUGAGAUUGAUUUAUUCUUUGUACCAAAUGUAGUGUGCGGGAGAGUUUUUAAAUAUAUAUCUCUAUAUGUAUAUAUACAGAUAUAUAUGUACUUAUAUAUCUGUAUAUAUAAAUGUAAAUGUAGAGUUUGUGUAACAACUUGCUCUUUCUUGUAAUAGUGUAUACAUCUAUCAGUGGAUAGAUACUGUAUUUAUUUAUAAUAUAUACAUACUAUAUAUAUAUGUACAUAUACAUAUAUAUAUAUGUAUAUAUAUAGCGAAAUGCCUGCAGAGGAAGCAGAAUAACAAUGGUAGUGCUGGUAUUCAAAUCCCACAGAGACAAACUGAAAAAAAAACCACCCAAACCCUGUGAAAAAACUAGUAGUCUUUCCAUUAGAUUUGACAAAACACACUUCUGAGCUAAAUGCAAAAUAUUUUUUUAGUUGAAAAGAAAAUAAUUGAUUUUUCUAGUUAGAAAUGCUGAUUCUCCUCUAAAUCAUUCUGGUUAAGAAUGACUAAGUAAAAGAUUCUUGUUGCUGCUUGUAUUUUCUGAAUAAGCCUCCUGAGUCGCUCAUGUGUAUCAUUUUAUUGUUUUUGUAAUUAUAAGUAGGGAGUAAUUGUGCAAAUAAAAUUAAAAUAGCAAGUAGGAAUAACAAAUAUUAUACCAUUAGAGCAAACCAUAUCAUCUGUUAGAACUGGGAAAAAAAAAAUUGUCAUCUUCUACUUACUUAUAUGUUAAAGCAUUUAACAGUUGCUUUCUGAGUUAUUGUUGGGCAUUAUAAGGGCCUUACCGUCACCCAAUGAGGCUUUAGCACAAAAUUUAGGGAGAGCGACCCUGCAAACCCAUGGCUUUCCGAGGGGCCCCAAAAGCCACCAGGCUUUAAGUGUCAGUGCCCCAAAUCUCCAUGGAGAUUCCAGUGGUCGUGACUGAGGCUCCACAUACAUUUCCUGCCCUGUCGCGCCCAUGAGAUAGCCCGUAAGCAAGGCAUGGUGCAGCACCCCUUGGACUUGUCCGGCAUAAUGAAGAAAUACCCAGUAAAUUUGAUUUGAGGGAUUUUUUUUUUUUUUUUUUAACAGAUUAUUUAAUGCCCUUCUGCCCAAAGCUCAGACUCGUACAGGUGCAGCUCCCCUUUAAGCCUGUUAGGAAGAAACUUCAGAAGGCUUCAGGGACAGGCUUGGGGCAGGUGAGCAAAUCCACAAAUUUUGAUGCUGUCCAAUCUCUAGAGCUUGCAAACCUGGACAAAAAAGUCUUUAGAGCACAGGUCCUGGUGGGACCUGGUGGGGUUGGCUGGUCUCACCCAAUCUGCCUGCAAACUCCUCGUGUGGACCCUUGGGAAAUUUUAGUUUCUGUAGCUGUCCAGGCUGGAGGAGCAAAACCAGCAACCCACUCUUGAUAGCCACAAAUACGAGAGUUCAAUGUCCAACACACAUUUGGUUCCUGAACUUGCUUUCUUCUCUUCCGCCUCCAGCUUCAUCUGCAAAUCUGCCCCGCUGUUAGAGAUGGUUCAGUGCUACAUGAGCAGCGUUGGGCUUUCUGGAAUUCCCAAUGUAAUUUUUUUUUUUUUUUUAAUGAAUCUGGUCACAGAUAAUGUUAUAUAAUGUCCUCUUGUAAUGCUGAAACCUCUGUGAGCUGGAGCGCUGUGUAACGCGUGUGCCAGGGAGUCAAGCGGAGGUCAGUGUGCAUAGGCCAUUAAUAACUGAAGCAAAAUGUUUUUAGUUCCAACAUGUCAAAACAAUGUAAAAGCCAGCCAGCUGCAUGAUAGUGUGGUUUACAUCCACACGCAGCUCCUUAGAUAACAUCCGAAAGUGCACAUACUUUAAACUGAUAGAGUUAAUUAGGAACAUUCCCAUAGAAGAAACGUUAGGGAGGAAGAAUAGUACAUUAAAUGUAAAUGAUAGGAUUUAGUUUGUAAUGGAGGUGGGAGAGUGACAGAUGCAAUACUGGGUUUUGGAUAAAUGGGAAAUUAUUACCAGAACACAGAAUGCUUGCCCAAAACAGCGAAACCUGGAGAGCAUCAUUGGACUCUGUUGUGAAGGCACAUCACCCUUCCUAUGCAAUUGAAUUGAUGGUACUUUAGUAUAAAGGUGACCUAGACUGUAAUCACUGCCUUUAGACACUGUGAAUUUUUUUGGGGGUACUCUGUAUUUUUAUAUAUUGUACAAUGUAAAGAAUAAUUCAGAAAUAAAACAGAACAACCUGG